CGCCCUACCAUUAAGCAAAAUGAGACAAUCAUCUCAAGUGGCACAUGCUGGGAAGAGAAGAAAAACCAGGCUUCCGUGAAGUUUUGUCCAAGGCUUCUCUUCAAAGCUAGACUGCAGUCUUCAGGUCCUAUGGAGAAUGUUGUCUUAGAACCAGUAUUGAAGAAGGAGCCGAUUCGUCAAUCUAGUCUUCUUUUGUACAUGGAAUUAGGGAGGACAGCCACUUGUUUUUUGUCACUGGCAGCAAAAUAUCCCGAGCAAGUCCUGCCUUGCAAUCCUGAAUCUGAUCAGCUGGAAGAAAAUGACACUGAGGAUAACAAAUAAGAUUUCUGAAGAUGUUUUCUAUGGGUUGAAUCCAGAGGAGAAGGAAUGUCUGGAGUACUUUCUGCAAACAAUCAACACCGUCGAUGGGGAUAUCUUAAAAGACAAUGAUGAAGAGAGUCAUGAAGAAAUGUCAGAAUCUCUAGGUUCUGAGGACCAAGUCGAACAUGCAGUUGACUCCAGGAUACAAGAAAGUAUGCCUCUUGAGGCUGCCCCAGCAAAACCUGUUUCUCCUCACCCAGAAGUCUCUGCAACUAAAACAAUCAAGCCCCCUUCAGAGGACUGUGGUGAUAUAACCCUGAGGAUCAGGAGCAAUUGUCCUAAAAUCAUGGGACCUCACAGAUUAGCAGAUCCUCAUCCUGUAAACCUCAGAAAGUUUGACACAAUCAUGAGAUCAGGUGUCAAUGUCCAAGAGCUCCGUUCUCGCUUCUUACUUCAACUUGACGGGUCUGCAGGCGCGGACAGGGAAACAACAGAUAUCUCUAAGGAUGGAGGUUUGCAGAAAUUGAACAUCCUACAGAGAAACAAAAGUGUUCCAACUACAAAGAGCCCACAAGAGUCCAGCACUUGUCAGCAAACCCAGAUUUUACCUGCUGAAAAAAUGGUCCACGAGGUAACAGAAAGUACCACUAGUACAGCUGAAAAGCCUUUCUAACAACUGCUACUCCAAAAGCAGGCACUUUCUCCCCCAGAAGUUUGCUUUUGUAUUGUACCCUCAUUUCUUUUUUUGGAUUGUGCUUUUAUUACAGACUAUGCUGACAAUUUUGUCUUUUCAAUAUAUAAAUUACUCCAUGCGUCCUCCUAGCUAUAUUGCACAAUAUAAAUGCUUUUUCUAAUAAUAAAAGAGGCAUGUGUCUGGCUAGCUGUGCACAUCUUGGCUGCAAGACCAUGAAACAUAGCCCCCCUUCUACAUUGCCAUAUAGUGCAGUUUCAAACUGCAUUAGAUGGUCAGUGUUGACUCAUAUAAUGCAAUUUAACUACACUGAACUGCAUUAUAUGGCAGUGUAGAUGGGGCCACAAACCCUUGUAAAUCGGCAUGUAUACUAGACCAACCCUAUGCAUCUAUAUCAUGGGUUUGUUAGUUUUGGUUAGUUGAUGUUUCCAUAGUUUUCAAUAUCAUCUUCCACCUCUAAUUCACAGCUGCUGUUUAAAGGGGAAAGCUGUACACAAACCUGCCUGAAAGCUCUAAAAAGAAAAGUCCGGUUUAAGUUGUCAAAGGCUUUUUCUACAU